AUGCUUGGGUGGGCAGGCGCCGGGCUCGCAGGGCACGCUCCUAACCAGUCUCCGGCGGCUCAACGCUGCGGGUCCCGCUGCCCUCCAUCCGGGGAUCCAGCUCCUGCCCAAGGCCCCGCCCCAGCCCCCGGCUCCGCCCAACCCGCCUACCGGCCCCGCCCCAGCCCCCGGCUCCGCCCAACCCGCCUACCGGCCCCGCCCCCUGGGGCGGCACUGCAGCGCGACCGGCAGGGCGACCCGGAGGUAGCGUUUCCCAGGAGCCACGGCCCCCCCCCAGGGGGAUGGGCGCAGCCACGACAGAUGGACGAGAAGACCAAGAAAGCAGAGGAAAUGGCCCUGAGUCUCACCCGAGCAGUGGCGGGCGGGGAUGAACAGGUGGCAAUGAAGUGUGCCAUCUGGCUGGCAGAGCAACGGGUGCCCCUGAGUGUGCAACUGAAGCCUGAGGCCUCCCCGACGCAGGAUAUCAGGCUGUGGGUGAGUGUGGAGGAUGCUCAGUUGCACGCUGUCACCAUCUGGCUCACAGUACGCCCUGAUAUGACAGUGGCAUCCCUCAAGGACAUGGUUUUUCUGGACUAUGGCUUCCCACCAGUUCUGCAGCAGUGGGUGAUUGGGCAGCGGUUGGCACGAGACCAGGAGACCCUACACUCCCAUGGGGUGCGGCAGAAUGGGGAUAGUGCCUACCUCUAUCUGCUCUCAGCUCGCAACACCUCCCUCAACCCUCAGGAGCUGCAGCGGGAGCGGCAGCUGCGGAUGCUGGAAGAUCUGGGCUUCAAGGACCUCACGCUGCAGCCUCGGGGCCCUCUGGAGCCAGUCACCCCAAAGCCCGGGGUCCCUCAGGAACUUGGACGGGGGCAGCCAGAUGCAGUGCCCGAGCCCCCACCGGUGGGCUGGCAGUGUCCCGGGUGCACCUUCAUCAACAAGCCCACGCGGCCUGGCUGUGAGAUGUGCUGCCGGGCGCGCCCCGAGGCCUACCAGGUCCCUGCCUCCUACCAGCCCGAUGAGGAGGAGCGAGCACGCCUGGCUGGCGAGGAGGAGUCACUGCGUCAGUACCAGCAGCGGAAGCAGAAGCAGCAGGAGGGGAACUACCUGCAGCACGUCCAGCUGGACCAGAGGAGCCUGGUGCUGAACACCGAGCCCGCCGAGUGCCCCGUGUGCUACUCGGUGCUGGCGCCCGGCGAGGCCGUGGUGCUGCGUGAGUGUCUGCACACCUUCUGCAGGGAAUGCCUGCAGGGCACCAUCCGCAACAGCCAGGAGGCGGAGGUCUCCUGCCCCUUCAUUGACAACACCUACUCAUGCUCGGGCAAGCUGCUGGAGAGGGAGAUCAAGGCGCUCCUGACCGCUGAGGAUUACCAGCGAUUUCUAGACCUGGGCAUCUCCAUUGCUGAAAACCGCAGUGCCUUCAGCUACCAUUGCAAGACCCCAGAUUGCAAGGGAUGGUGCUUCUUUGAGGAUGACGUCAAUGAGUUCACCUGCCCUGUGUGUUUCCAUGUCAACUGCCUGCUCUGCAAGGCCAUUCACGAGCAGAUGAACUGCAAGGAGUAUCAGGAGGACCUGGCCCUGCGGGCUCAGAACGACGUGGCUGCCCGGCAGACGACAGAGAUGCUGAAGGUGAUGCUGCAGCAGGGGGAGGCCAUGCGCUGCCCCCAGUGCCAGAUCGUGGUGCAGAAGAAGGAUGGCUGCGACUGGAUCCGCUGCACUGUCUGUCACACCGAGAUCUGCUGGGUCACUAAGGGCCCACGCUGGGGCCCUGGGGGCCCAGGAGAUACCAGUGGGGGCUGCCGCUGCAGGGUGAAUGGAAUUCCUUGCCACCCAAGCUGUCAGAACUGCCACUGAGCUAAAAAUGGUGGGGCCCCAUGCUGACCUAGCCCCACACCUACAGGUUGUUAUGGCACGGAGCUGAGCUUGGGACUUUGGCUCCAACUUCUGGCUGGGAGAUGCCUUUGUGCAGAGGCCAAAUCCAAGCUUCGUGGAUGGCCUUGCUUGCUGUAGUGCUGUGGGGCUCUGCCUGUGCUGCUGUUGUCCAUGGUCACAUGUGCCCCAGUGCCUUUGUCCUUCCCUUGGGGUUUGCCGGCCAGACUUCUCUCUCUAGCAGGUCCCACCUCUGCCUAACUCCAGCCGUAAACACGUCCCCUGGCCAGAGGCCUCACUGGGUGGAGCCUCUGUGUGACUCCAUACUCCUCCCACCACAACGCUCAUCUGCUGCACUCACAGCCUCCCUGCCUUCCCCUGCUGGCUUUCUGGGGCUGACUGUUCUCUGCCUUUGCAGUUGGAGGCCUGGGGCCUCUUAGAACUCUUGCUAACCUGUUCAGAGCCAGAAAGGAGACUGGGCAGUUUUGAAAGCACAGCUCUGCCUCUCCCUGUCUGCACCCUGUGUAAGCUAUUGUAAUUAAAAUGGUUUUCCAGGAAGGGAUGUGUGACGUCCUUGAGAGGAAGUGAAUGUCCUGGGCUGGGACUCUGCACACAAGCAGGAUCCCGAUGUCUCUAGGAACUGCAUCAGGAAGUUGAUCUGUCAGACCAUCUGUGUUAGAAUGAGGCUGUGACAGCACUGGGACCUUUCUACCAGACUUGGCAACCCAUGUCACAGCAGGCGGAGGAUGCGUCUGCUGCUGAAGGCCUGUGGUUUUGUGGGCAAGGGCCUGUUCUAGCUCCCGGAAAGGCACUGCCUCCUGCCAUCGGAUGCCACGACUCGAGAGCCAGCCCCAGUCACCCUGCGCAGAGAUGUCUGAGUAUGUGUGAGUGGACUGGGUCCUUCUGGCACUGCCUGUGUGGGCUCAGGACAGUCAACUGUGGCAGCCGAUGACAGGCAUGCUCAGGCAACCUCCCCAGCCCUGGAGGCGGAAACAGCCAGACAGAACCACCGACUGGGAGGAAACGACAAGCUGAGGAGAGCCGAGCUGCAGGCAUGUGGAUGGGCCCAGCUCAGGCAGACGCUGUCUGAUACCUGCUCCUUCCUCUCCUGCCUGGUGUCUCUCAGGAGUGUGGGAACCAGAGGAAAACAGACUGUUCUCUUGUGGUGCCACAGGCUGUAACCAGAACACCCAGUAUUAUUUUAGAAAUUUUAAUUCGUUGCCAAUAUUUUUAAAUUGGCAACAUCUUUUUGCCACAUUAAAAUCUAGAUGCCCGGCUUCUCUUGAAA